CUGUGCUCCAUAGUAAACCUGCUCACCUGCAGGAUCCACCGGGUCGAACCGAACCGACAGCGCUGCUGCCUGGCUGCAGGAGCCCCAGGCCUCGCAAUCAGAACCGGUUCUGAUGCUCGCCUUCCCGUUGGACCCGAACCUGCUCUGGUUUGCGGCGGAACCGGCGAAUGAUGACAUCAGCGCGUGACCGUGUGUCCGCUACGCGCGUGAGCUGAUCGAUCGCUUCUCAGCUGACCCGGUACCCAGAACCCGGUACCCAGAACCCUCCCAGCGCUCCCAGUCCGGAUGCUGGCGGCCUCCAUCCAGGUCAGCGGGGAGCCGCUGUCGGCGGUCGAGGUCCAGGAUAUCUGCGACCGGCUCCGGGAGGACGGAGUUCGGCUGCUGUCGGUCCGCGGCUGCCGCGUGUCGGACCGGGACUUCGGCCGGCUCUGCCGCGGCGUGGCGGCCUCGCGCUGCCUCGCGCAGCUCAACCUCAAUCUGGGCGUGGUCUCGAGCAUCGGCCGCGCGCGCCACCUGGCGGACGCCUUGGCGGCCAACCGCUCCCUGCAGACGCUGUUCCUCCACGGCAGCCCGCUGCUGGACGCCGGCCUGGAGGCCCUGAACCCGGCGCUGGCCGCCCACCCGGCGCUGGUCUGCCUGGACCUGGGCGACUGCCUGCUGGGGGACGCGGCGCUGGCGCUGAUCUGCGGGAUGCUGCCGCCGGACGGAGCCAAGUCAGGUCUCAGAGAGCUGACGCUGAGCGCCAACCCGCGGAUCAGCACCAAGGCCUGGGCCCGGUUCUCGGUGGCGGUGGCUCACAGCUCCCAGCUCCGGGUCCUCAACCUGGACUACAACCCACUGGGUAAGGAACCGGAACCGGAGCCGGAGCCAGGUCUGGUUCUGAUGGGUCCGGUUCUAUCUGCAGGGGACCAGAUUGCGUCCAUGCUAGCUGUUGCCGUGGCGUCCAGUAGAACCCUGGAAGUUCUGGACCUGGAGGGAACCGGACUGACCCACCAGUCGGCGCAGGUUCUCACCAUAUUCUUCCUCCUCUUCCUCCUCUUCCUCAGCGGGCUGACAGCACAUGUUCUGGUUCUGGUUCUGGUUCUGCAGGUGUUCCUGGACAUGGUGGAGAACUACCCCACCUGCCUUCGGGUUCUGGUUCUGGCCGAAAACAAAGUGAGUCCAGAGCUGCAGCAGCAGAUCAGCGACCUGCUGUCUGAAGGGGAGGAGGACGGCCGGGAGGCUCCGCCCCCUCCGCCAGGCCACGCCCCCAGCUGUGCCCUGCAGCCAAUCAGAGAGAAGCCCCUCCCCUGGCUCCCCAACAGCAACUCCGGUCCGCCCACGGUCAUGCUGACGUCAGGAGUAGGUGAAAGCCUAUUGGCUGAAAAUGAAAGAUGACCACGCCCUCUUCCUGCUAGAUUGUCAUCACUUCCUGACCUGAAUGUUUGUCUGCUCCGACCUGAUUGGUGGGCCUGGGAAGGGGGCGGGGCUUGUUGACAGGUGUUGCUUUGUUCUGCUGUGAUGAUGUCACAAUAAAAACAGUUUACAGUUUGGUAA